UUUAGUGUAAAACUUAUGGUGGUGGAAUUAUGCAAAAUCAAUUUAAAGUUGGCGGCAUGAACAAUAUGUUAAAAUUAACCUAGAUAGAAGAAUUAGACUGAAUACCGUAAUAAUCAGAAGAAUGGUAUAUUGUGUCGAGGUAUUGUAAGAAUAUUUAAGAUACCGUCAUCAAUUUAAAGAAAAUAUUGUAACGAAAAAGAUAAUACAAAAUAGGAUAUGUAAAAUAGGAGAUUUGGAAGAGAAAGUAUUAAUAUGGCGAUUAUACAACCAAAUUCAGAAUUCGUUAUUUUCGUAACCCAUAUAGAGGCAGAACAUCAGUAUUUAAAGAUAUGGGGUCAGACAGAUAAAAAUUCAGCUACCUAUGUUGAACGAUUGAUCUUACCUCUUUUUGAAAAGUUUUCUAUAGGUUCUGGAUAUCCUGAAUUACAAGAAGGAUUAUCUAUUAACGCUUUGUGUUGUGCAAGAUUCCAAAAUGAUGGUUAUUAUCGUGCUAGAGUAUGUAAUAUAUAUCCAGAUGGUAAAGUCUUAUUACAAUUCAUUGAUUAUGGUAAUAUUGAAGUCUUACCGCAACAUGAAGUGUAUUUAUUGAGAAACAUACCUGGAUCGGAAACGCUCCAGUCAUUUCCACCGGUAGCAUAUGAAUUUACAUUAGCAAACGUUGCACCUAUUAAUAAUGUUUGGGAUAAUGAGAUUAUAGAAACUAUUAAAAAAAUAUUACGAUAUAACGAAUACAAAGCUUGCUGCCUUUCUAACGCGGGGAAUCAUACUUUCAUUAAACUAUAUUACAACAAUGAAGACUUUGCAGAAUUAUUGGUAAAAAAACGUAUGGCUCUGGAUGCUACGACGCAAGAUUCAUUCAAAUUACGACGCAUACAACAAAUAUCAUCAUAUCAAAUGCAAGAUAGAAGAAUGAUAAAUGACACUUGCAUAAGAACGCAAACUAAUCAGCAUUCUACUUAUCAUGCAAUUCAAGGUCAGAGUACAUGGCGGAAUGUUCCCACACCUUACAAUGUUCAACAACACAAACCUGUAUCUCAUCUACCAGUUCAGGAAGCAUUAGUAUUUAAAUCAAGAGUCUUAGAAGUUGGUUCUAAAUAUCCAGUAUAUGUAUCUCACGUCGAAGACGGUCCGCAAAAGUUCUCUAUUCAAAUUCAAAGUACGUCUGAAAUAUUAUCUAAACUUAUGGGAGAUAUCAAUUCUCAUCCAACGGAACCCUUACAAGAACCUCCAUUACCUGGGUCAGUAUGCUUAGGCCGUUACACGAUGGAUAAAGUCUUAUGCAGAGCAGUAGUAAUGGCUGUAAUGAAAAAUAAGUGUAAAUUGUAUUACGUUGAUUUUGGACAUUCUGAAAUAUUACCAUAUACAGAUAUCUUUCAAUUACCACCACAAUAUAUUAAUCCUAAAGUACUUUCAAUAAGAUUUACUUUAAGCGGAGUGAAGGAGUUAAACGUAACAUCAGAAAUGUGUGGCUAUUUUAAACAAAUAGUCUCAGGAAGAUUACUUAUCUUGCAUGUCCGUCCACCGGAAGGUCCGCCGCUUAUACAAUAUGGAGAUUUGUAUGACAAUGAUAAAAAUAUAAAAGAUAUUCUUAGACAAGCAUUUGCAGUACCACGAACGAUAUCAAAUAUCGUCGAAUAUCAAGAGAUGAAACAAUUAUCCAAAGGUGUAGAAAAAAAUGUACACGCUUCCUUCGUAGAAAAUCUUAAAAAGUUUUUUGUUCAACUUGAUGAUAAUGGUAAAUCUCUUGAAUCCAUAAUGCUUUAUUUGGCUGAAUAUGUUCAAUCUGCACCUAGUCUGCAUCCAGAUUUGAUAUCGGUAGGAACACCUUGCGCCGCUCUUUACGACUCCCAAUGGUAUCGUGCAAAAAUUCUUAACGUUGAUGAAAACAGAAUAAAAGUUUUAUAUGUAGAUUAUGGUAAUGAAAAAACCUUAACUGCUGAGUCUUUGCUUACAAUUCAUAAUGAUUUAGUGACAAAAUUACCAGCACAAGCGAUAAGAUGUAUGCUAAGGGGUCAUGAAAUGUUACCAAUUAAUACUGAUGAAUGUUCCAAACAAUUUGAAAUGUUAAUUUUGGAAAAAUCUUUAUACAUGAAAGUUAUGGACGUACUUCCUGGUUGUUUAGUAGUUGAUUUAUUUAAUCCUGAGAUUAGAGAUGACGUAAGGAAUCAAUUGCAACGAUAUGUUCAUGCGGAUAAAAAUAUAAGCGUUAAAUCAAAUUCUCAUGAAAGUGAACAUAAAAAUUCUAUGAAAGUCCCUAAAAAGAUUCAUAGGUCUUAUCCAAAGGCAUCAUUAAAUAUAGAACCUCAAGUGAAAAAUAAAUCGAAGAAUAUAAAAGAAAUACGCGAUAAUCCAAAUAAGGAGGAUUUUAUUAAAAACAUAGCAAGCGAUAGUAAUUGCGACCAUACUAAAUCAAAAUCGUGGAGAAAUGAUUUAAAUGGAGAAAGACAACAAGAUAAUAGAUAUGAAAAACCGAAUUCUUUCCAUGACACUUUGAGAAAUGAUCGAUUUGGUAAGGAAUCGUUUAGAAAUAACAAAAUAAUAAAGGAUGAGCCAUGCAAUAGACGAAAUUAUAAUGAUACAAAUCCGUUUCACAAAAUUGGAAGAGAUUCUCGCAGCAGAGGUAGACCCGUUGGUAACGAUUUUAGAUUCAAUCGUAGUAGCGGUUUUGACAAACAUUGGAGCGAUAAAGAUUCCGAUACCUCAUCCAAAGGUAGUAGUAGACGAGGUAGAGGUAAUAGUUCUAAUCGUCGUGCUCGUGGUCGCGGUGGAAAGCCUCGUACAGAAGGAGUAUCGGCAAGAUUACACAAUAGCAGAUGGAACGAUAAUGAUAAUGACAAAGGUGGAAAAACAAAUAUUCAACAUAAUCAAAAAGUGCAUCAUUCAAGAGAUAGAGCAAAUUAUAAGAAUAAUGUCAUAUCUAAUAACAAAGAGAGUUCUUCUGAAUCUAGAAAUACGUCUACAAAUUUAGGAGUAAUUAAUGGGAACAUUAAUACGCAAAACAGUGGAAAACUUCAAGCAACUAAAUUAUUUUCAGAAAAUAUUAAAAUACCUUCAUUAAAUGUUAUACUUGGGAGUAUUAAAACGUGUGAAAUAGUUUUUGUAAAUAGCCCAACUAAUUUUUAUAUUCAUUUGAAUCCUGAAUAUUUAGAAUUAGAUAUUCUUAUGAAAGAUAUCGCAUCGACAUAUGAAAAUGGUGGAGAUAUUUUAAAACAUUCAGAAAUGAAACCUGAAAAAUAUUGUAUUGCUCAAUAUAGUGAAGAUCUUCAAUGGUAUAGAGCUGUAAUCAAAUCUGUUGAAAAACAACAAGCAGUUGUACAAUUUAUAGAUUAUGGAAACGUAGAAACAGUUGAUUUGGACAAAAUCAAAGCAAUUAAAGAGCAAUUUUUGAAAUUGCCGAUGCAAUCUAUUAAUUGUAAAUUAUUUGCAGUAAAAAAUCAAACGUGGGAUUCAAAUUUGAUUGAAAGUUUUUUAAAUAAAACGAAUGAAAAAGAUUUAGAGGUUGAAUUUAUAAAAAAAGAAAAUAAUAUAUACGAAGUAAUGUUGCGUGAAAUUAUUGAAAAUAUACCAGGAUCUAAAUAUAUAAAUGAAGAUUUCUUCGUUGGCACUGAUAUAAUGAAAUUGAGAGAGGAAGCAUUAGAUCAAAUAACACAAACAGGCACAACAGAACAAUCUAAUAAAUAUGAUUACGUAUCAUCUAAUUCAAAAUGGGUGGUAGAACAGAUUGAGUUUGGAUCUUGCAAAGAUGUAAUAAUCACGUGGUUUAUAAAUCCUAACAAUUUUUAUUGUCAAACACUUGAUAAGGAGUUAGAAUUUAGAAAUAUGAUGAAUGAAAUACAAAAAUUAUACGUUAAUAGAAAGCCUAUUAUGCAUCCGCUGCAGAUAGGAUCACCUGCAAUAGCAAUAUUUUCCGAAGAUAAAGCAUUAUAUCGUGCUGAAAUUAUUGAAAAUAAAAAUGACGAAUAUAUUGUGCAAUAUAUUGAUUUUGGAAAUCGUUCUUUGGUAAAUAAAAAUAAUAUUUACCAAGUUGAAAGAAAAUUAAUGCAACUUCCAAAGCAAGCAUACUAUUGUUCAUUGGAAAAUAUUAAACCAUUUGUAAAUUCAGAAUGGUCUGAAGUUAAUACACAAGCAAUUGAUGAUUGUUUCAAUGCUGAUAAAUAUGGAUGUUUAUUUCAUAGUAUAGAAAAUGAUAAGUAUAUUGUUUCAUUGAAUGAUUGUGAACAAGAUGUUACUUGUACAUUAGUACAAAAGAAUCUGGCAUCUUAUGUUGUAGCAGAUACUACCAUGUCUGCUGAGGAUAAUUCAAUUAAUGAAUUAGAAAAACAGCUUGAAAUACAACAAAUAGACAUAGGUCUUUUGAACGGACAGACAUUAAAAGUAAAAGUUUGUAAUGUAGAAAGUGCAAGCAAAUUUUAUAUUGAGCUUUCUUCAUUUUUGGACUGUAGCGACGAUAAAUCUAUGAUUAACAAGGAAUAUAAGAGUAAACCAAUAGAAUGCUGCCUUUUUAAUGCAUUAUAUUUUGAAACAAAUACAAAUUGGAAAGAAACGAUUGAGAAUAAGGAAUUGAUAAUAUAUGUCGAAGAAGUCAAUAAUAACAGACUUAUCGUUAAAUUAUAUGAUUUAAUGGGUAAUAAAAUAAAAAAUGAAAAGGAUUUGGAUGAAAAAAUUAAUCCCAUUUUGCCUAUGCCUAUUUUAAAUCAAACUUAUAAAGUAAUAGUAUCAUACGCAGAUCAUUCAGGAAGUAUCUGGCUACAACGUAAUGUAGAUGCCGAGAAAGAUGUACAAUUGGGGGCAACAUUGAAACAACAUUAUGCUAACUUUGAAAAAGUAUCAAAACCGGAGAUAAAUAUGUUAUAUGCUGUAAAAUCUCAAGAUGGUUAUUGGAAUAGAGCAAAAGUCAUUAAAUUAGCUGACAAGAGUGUUUAUGUAAAUUUAAUUGAUUAUGGAAACUCACAGGAAGUUAAUAUUGAAUCACUUAUGGAACUGGACCCACAAUUUUAUGCACCAUAUCAAUUAGCAAUUAAUGCUUCGUUAACAGUUACUCUAAAUGGUACAUCAUUUGAACAGAUAAAUAUAUUACAAGAACAAUUAUCCAAUAGAUGUCUUACUGCUAAUUUUUUUAAUAUAAAUAAGAAGUGGGUAGUUGAAUUAUUUGAUAAUGAAGAAAAGAUAAGCGAUAGAUUCCGUUCGAUGAAUUUAGUGAAAUCUUUGGCUGAAAAUGAAUUGGAAAAUACUCAAUUAAUAAUUAAUCAAAAAUAUAAUGUGAUAGUGUCUCACAUUGAUUCUCCAAGUCAGUUUUGGAUUCAAUUAACAGACGAGGCUGAAAUUCUUAAACAAAAACAGGCAGAAUUACAAACUUAUAUUGUUGCGUGUCCAUUACUAAAUGGCAUCUUAGAAGAAGGUUCUCUUUGUGCUGCAGUUUAUUCUAUUGAUAAUAUGUGGUACAGAGCAGAAGUUCUUGAUGCCGAUGAAGAUAUUGUGAUGGUACGAUUUAUCGAUUAUGGAAAAACAGAUGUAAUUGAUAACAAAUCAGAUAAAAUUCGAGCAUUGACAGAUCAUUUAAAAUCAAUAAAAAGAUUUUCGACUAAAUCUAGAUUAGAUAUUAUUCCUGUAGAUUCGGAAGAUUGGAGCGAAGCGACUUGUGACCGUUUUAAUAAUCUAGUAAUGACAGCUGAUUCUUUAGAAGCUUUAAUAAUUGCCGACAGUAUACCAAAACGAGUCGAACUAUUUGUAAAUGAUAAAAGUAUCAGUGAAAUGUUAGUUGAAGAACACCAUGCUGUAAGAAUAUAUGCAGAGCAAGAUCUAAUAGAUGAAAUAGUAGAGUUAGAAUUAGACCCACAUUCUGCAUUUGUGAGUCAUAUUGAUUCACCAAGUGAAUUUUGGGUUCAAGAAGAAAAAUCCAUUGCUGACUUAGAAGUAAUGUCUGAUAGAUUUAUGGUUGCAGAUAUGUUCCCCAAGGUAGACGAGAUAACAGAAAAUUUAUUGUGCGUUGCUAAAUAUCCAGAGGAUGAACAAUGGUAUAGAGCACGUGUUAUAUCUCACAAUAAUGGUGAAACAGAAGUUCUAUACAUUGACUAUGGAAAUUCAGCUGUAUCUACUGAAAUUCGUGCUAUUCCAGAGGAUUUAGUCAAAAUACCACCUUUGUCUCGAAGAUGUUGCUUAGCUCUUCCCGAAGAUAUAAAAGAAUGGUCUGAUGAAGCAUGCCAAGAAUUUAUCAAAUUGGCAGCUGAUGGCGCUACAAUAUUUCUUUUGGAUGUUCUAAAGGAACAAGAAACAUCAUUGGUAAAAUUAACUUUAGAUGAUAUAGAUGUGGCAGAUUUAUUAGCUGUUUUUUGUAAACAACAAGUAACGAAUAUAGAAGAAAGAUUACCACCUCUUGGAGAAGAAAAUUCACCUAAUGUAGUAAUAAGUCACGUUAAUACGCCAGCUGAAUUUUGGGUACAAGCAGAGGCUAGUAUGGCUGAAUUAGAAAUAAUAUCGGAUCGUCUACAAGACGCACCGAGUUUUCUUCCAUUGACUAAUUUGAAGAAUGGUACAAUUUGUGCAGCAAAAUAUCCCGAAGAUGAAGAAUGGUACAGAGCACAAAUAUUAUCGCAAGACGAAAAUGGCGUGAAUGUCUUUUAUAUAGAUUAUGGCAAUACUUCUAUAAUUACAGAAUUAAGAUUACUACCCGAAGAUAUUGUUAAUAUUCCUAAAUUGUCAAAAAGAUGUGGUCUACAAAUGCCAGAUUAUAUUUCAUCUUGGUCCGAAGAAGCUUGUCAAACUUUUAAAGAUCUUGCAGCUUAUGGUGCUACUAUGUUUCAAUUUGAAGUUCUUGAUGAUGAAGAUCCUAUGCAUGUCAAAUUAAGCAUGCAUGGACAAGAUAUUACAGAAAUCCUUUUGCCUUUGUGCAGAAGUACUGACACCAAAGCCGAAAAGCAUAUAGUAGAGGAAGAAAUAACUAAUAACGAUAUGAAGUCAAAUACUGUAUUAAACGAUACAAAAGAAAAUCCUAAAGAAUUGAACGAAGAAGCAAGAGAACCAAGUGAUACCAUUAUAUGUUCUAUGGAUGAAAAUAAUUCAACAGGAUUAUUAGAACAAGAAUGUGUUCAUAAAUGCAACACUUCAUCUGAAGAAGAUGCAAAUGUUUUUUUUAGUUUAAAAGAACUUAGUAUCGAUGAUAUAAUACAGAAUAUGAUCGAAGAUACUCAAAAAGAUAACGAAACUGAGGAAUCCAUGAAUAUAGAGAAUAUUGAGAAUACUGAUAUAUAUGAAAAGAAGGAUAACAAAGAUGUAGAAGGACCAACCGAACUCGUAAUUACCAAUACUGAUCAUAGUAAUAAAGAGUUAUUAGAACAGAAACAAACUAAGUGUCCAUUGGAUGCACCAGUCUCAAAUGAAACUGACCUCAAAGUAGUUGAAAUAGUUGUUAAUGAUGAAAUUGACAAAAGUUCUGUAAAAGAAGAUACAGUUACUUGUUCAUUAGACAUUUCUAAUUCAGAAAUAUCAGAAAAAAGUAUGGUAACUGAAAGUUCUUUGAAAAUUAACUCAAAAGAUACAAGUGUAUAGUCCUCUAUUGGAAAACAACAAAUCACCAAAAUGAUUGCUUAUAUGUAAGACUGAUUUUGUAAAUGCAUAUAAAAUUAUAAAAAGAAAACAUAAAUGGAAGAAACUUAUAAUGAAGGACAACUAAGAUAAAAAUUCAUAAAAAAGGUGAUACGGUAAACUUAUAGAAGAGUAAUAGGAAGAAAGAAGUACUUACCGUAGCCGUAGAAAAUGACAUUCCCAUGCAUAUGGUAUCAUUAUAACAGGAUUAACAAAGUCAAAUAUAAAGUAAUAACAGUUCCAAGGAGGGAUUAAAAAAAAAUGGUAUAAAAGUUAAUUUAUGAUGUUCAUUUUUCUUUUCAUUAUGGUAAACAGAUUUCUUUUUUAUUAUUAUGUAUUUUUUAUAAUGAUAUAAUUUUUUUACCUGGUGCGUGCAUAUAUACCUAUUGCACAUACAUAAUUCUAUUAAUAUAGGUAUAUUUCACUGAUCAAACUUAUUAUUCAUUUGAAACGAAGUUAAUUUUAAUUAUUUAAUAAAAACUUUCACGUGCCACUACUUAACAAAUACUUCACCAAAGAUUAAUUCAAUUUAAUCCGUUAAAUCAGUGUAAGGAUCGUGCUUGCUUAUUAUAAAGAUAUUUUCUAUCCACAGUAUAUCAUUUUCAAUAAUUACAAAUUAUUCUUUUUCAAUAUUGACACUCGAAAAAAUUAUUACGAUUAAAUAUCAUUAUAUUUUUUUUAAUUUCAAUUGAUAUUGAAUAGGAAAGGAAGAAUUAUUUUCAAUUUUAUUACUCUUACAAAUAAUUUGUAAAAUUUUAUUUUCUUGUACGAAUCUCAAUACUCAAUUAAUUGUUUUAAUAAAUUGAAAGUAUGAAAAGAUCAAAACAACUAAAAAUAUAUAUCAGUAUUACUAAAGUGAUAAACAGAUGAAAUUAAUUAAUUAUUACUGAAUGAAGCUGUAUAAUAUUUUCCAUAUUCUUUAUAUUGAUAGAAAUCUACAUAUAUAGAAAUUAGUUUCGUUAACUUUUCAAGUAUUUUGGAUCGUAUUCUUUAUUAUAUCAUUGACACUAAGUUCUGAUUCGUGUUAUAUGUAUUUUAGAAAAAUAAUUUUUCAUAUUUGCUACUGAAAGAAUUUGUUAAUAACUAUUUAAAAAAUUUAUCGAUUUAUACAUUUAGUUAUUAAUAAUUUAAAAUAUAUUAUACGCGUCGUUCACAAUAAGAAUAUAUUUGUCGUAUGAGAUAUAAUAUAUCUUAUAUUCUGUUAAUACUACUGUGGACAGAUAAAAAGUAUGUAAUAAGAGCAAUGCUUAUAAAUUUUUUAUCAACGUUAUAAAUUUAGUCAAUAGCUUCUAAUAUAAUUGUUGAUCUUUUAUUACUAUUAUUUGUGAAUUUUAAUUAAUUUCACAUAUCAAUAUAUUUAGUUCUGUUUUUGUUCCUAUAUAAAACACGCUACU